CCGUUUCCUGUCCACUUCCUCCCUUGCAUUUUGAUGGCAACAAUUUACUAAGCUUUCUCACCUCAGCGCACCUAUUCACCUGUGCUGUAUUCCCAGGCUAUUUUACUGUGAUAAACAGUAAACAAUGAAGAAAUUUUUCGAGGAUAUGAAGAAAGAUUUAAAAUUCAAGUCAGCUGGGCCAGGAAAGAAACUCACAGAAGACGCUAGCGCCAAGUCCCAAGUGGUGCAGAGCAGUGGCCCUGCCAAGCCAUGUUAUGCUGGUCCUACUGAAGGAGCUCAGAAGGCAGGGGCUGCAGCCUUGGCCAGGAUCGAGGGGCAGCCACGCCCACGGGUACAAACCUCACAGGAUGUCAUCCGGCUCCAGGUGAAAAGAGAGCUUGAGGCAGAAGCUGCAGCAGUAGCUGAGAAGGAAAAGACAACUGCUGUUGAGGGCUCCAAUGUUAAGGAUCUGGCAUUUCUCUCAGUAACAGGUGUGUAUUUCACUUGCCCGCUUACUGGAGCCACCUUAACUAAGAGCGAGAGAGAUGUGCACAUUAAAGCGGCCAUUUUCAUGCGGUUUGAAGAGGAUGCAGUGGAGGCUUCCAUUAUGAUGGUUCAUACCUUCAACAAGGACAGGCAGAAAGUCAAGGCUGCAGUGGACAUCAUAAGCAAGUACAUUGAAAACAUCUGUAAGAACCCGACAGAGGAGAAGUACAGGAAGAUCAAACUCAGCAACAAGGUGUUCCAGGAAAAGGUGAAGACUGUGGAGGGUAGUCGGGAGUUCUUGGAAGCUAUGGGCUUUCAGAGCAUCAUGUUGGAUGUGGAAGGACAAGAGGAGAGCGAGGAGUUCCUGGUGCUGAUGGAGCAUGAUCCAGAAUCCCUGGAGGUGAUGAAGGAGAGUAGGGACCGGCUGCAGAGGGGAGAGCCAGUCAGAGCCCAGCUGGACCGCCAGCCCCAGGCCUUCAGACCCUCCCCCAACGCCAUGCGCUUCGAACUUCCCCCAGAGUUCUACAACCUCACUGCAGAAGAGCUCAAGAGGGAGCAGCAGCAAAAGAAUGAGGUGGUGGACAAGAACACUAUGCUGCGUACCAAGGCCAUGCGGGAGAGAGAGGAGCAGAGGGAGAGGAGGAAGUACAAUUACACCCUGCUGAGAGUACGACUGCCUGAUGGAAACAUACUGCAGGGCACUUUCCUGGCCUGGGACAAGGUGUCUGUGCUCUUCCAGUUUGUGCGGGACUCCCUGGUAGAUGGUUGGCAGCCCUUUGAGCUGGUGGCGCCUGGAGGACACAAACUCCAGGAGGACCGAGAGGUGGCCCUGAAUGAAUGUAGCCUGGUCCCUGCGGUUCUGCUGACGUUUUCCUGGGAUGCCGCAGUUCAAGCGGACAUUGCAGCUGGCGGUGGAAAGUGCUCUGCACUCCUCAAGCCAGAGCUACUGGAGAAUAUUCAGACCCUUAGCUGAGCAGAAGCGGUGUUUGUCCCUGGGUCUCCUACCCCUCCCAGGUUGGAGAUGACACCUUCAUCCCCAAACCACAUUUAAGGCUGUAGAAAUUACUACUAAUCCAUUAAAGGAUGAGAGAUAGCAGAGACAAACGCCAUUCAGUGUUAUUUGUAUUGUACCCUGAAUGUAGGAUGAGGACUGUGAAAUGGCUCCCUUACACCUACAGUUAGGCAAUCAGUCACCUUAGCAUGGUAUGAGACCCCAUUCUGCUCUGCUCCAACAAAUAUUCAGAUACAGUUCUAGCUUUACAUGUGAGUGGUGGACCACACUGCUUGUCUAGUGGUUAGGAUUCAGUAGCUGUUUUUUGUGAGCCAGACCAGCUGUGGACUACAAUGUAUAAUAGUUAUUGGUUAAGCCAUUUUAUUUCAGAUGGAGCCUGUAAUAUUGUAUUUGAGAUUAGUAGCACUAAGGUUGCAGCAGCAAACAUGUCAAAUUAUACCUUCAAAAGGUUACUGGACAGAGCUGAUGUUAGAAGCUCCCUUUGUCAUUGAAUAGGAGGGCAAAAGGGUUUUGUCAAAGCAGUUACUUACUUGGCUAAUUUCAUUCGAUUUCUCUAAAUUGUCAGCAACAUGGUAAUCUGUUUGAUAGUGGCGGUUUGUACUGUAUGUAAUCAACACUUGAGACCAACAAUGAGCUGAGGUUUGUCCCCAAGUCUUGAUCCAGUGCUGCCUGGGAUGACAAUCUACCUCUCCUUACAGCAUCUGUGUAACCUGUGCACUGCACACAGGCAGCCAUAACUUCUCCAAUGUUUAAGUUCAGACAUGAACAGCAACACUAGUUCUCCUCACAGCAGCGAUUAGCAAAGCUGGUCUCUGUUGAUCUAAAUGUUUUCCUUGCCUUAGAGCAUUACCUUCAUUAUAGCGAUUCCUAAGUAUCAAAGCUGAAUCGUGCGUUUUUUGUCAGUAUAUUCACAUAAUAGCAUGUUAACAUUUAAAUAUUGCUUUAUUUAAAGACAAAGUGAGUCCUUUAAUCAUACCUAAAAAACUGGGACAGGAAAGCAAUUCUGAAUGUCUCUGCCAUUUGCCUUUCAUUGGCAAUGUUUUUAAUAAUGGCCGGCCAUUACCUGUUCCACCUCUAAACCAUUAUUAAGAACACAAAAAGCACUGUUUAGCAGCCUGAAACAGUACCUGCCAUAUUGAAUCCAUACAGGGAUGAGUGGUGGGAUGUUGAUAAAGGUAUCCAGAUUAGGAAGGGGAACAAGGCAUAAAAGUGCAGUACAUUUAAACAAAUGCACACAUUCCAGGGUUUGUUUCAUUGUACUAUGAAAUAAUGUAACCAAAUGAAAAUAUUUGAUAUUCUUCAAAGAAGGCAUUCUCUCAACCAGCUUCAUGAGUUAGUCACCUGGAAUGCAUUUCAAUGAACAGGUGUGUGGAACUUCUUUCCUUAAUGCGUUUGAGCCAAUCAGUUGUGUUGUGACAUGGUAGGGUGGUAUACAGAAGAUAGCUCAAAUGAGCAAAGAGAAAUGAUAGUCCAGUCAAUCCGGAAAGUUUCUUCAAGUGCAGCUGCAAAAAUCAUCAUGCGCUAUGAAUAAACUGGCUCUCAUAAAACCACAGGAAGACCCAGAAUUACCUCUGCUGCAGAGGACAAGUUCUUUGGAGUUACUAGCCUCAAAUGCUUCACACAGUUCAAGUAACAGACACAUCUUAACAUCAACUGUUGAGUUGCUGCAAAGAAAUCACUAGUAAAAGACACCAAUAAGACUUGCUUGGGCCAAGAAACACGAGCAGUGGAAAUCUGUCCUUCAGUCUGAUCAGUCCAAAUUUCAGAUUUUUGGUUCCAACCAACAUUUUUGAGACAGAGUAGGUGAAUGGGUGAUCGCCGCAUGUGUGGUUCCCACAGUGAAGCAUGGAGGUGGUGUGAUGGUACUGACACUGUCCGUGAUUUAUUUAGAAUUCAAGGCACACUUAACCAGCAUGGUUACCACAGCAUUCUGGAGCGAUUCACCAUCCCACCUGGUUUGCUCUUAGUGGGAAUAUAAUUUGUUAAUCAAUAGGACAAUGAUCCAACACACCGCCAGGCUGUGUAAGGGCCAUUUGACCAAAAAGCAGAGUGAUGGAGUGCUGCAUCAGACGACCUAGCCCCCACAAUCACCUGACCUCAUUCCACCCAUCUCAAUUUGGUUGAGUUAGAGUGAAGGAAAAGCAGCUAACAAGUGCUCAGUAUAUGUGGGAACUCCUUCAAGACUGUUGGAAAAGCACUCAUGAAGCUGGUUGAUAAAAUGCCAAAAGUGUGCAAAGCUAUCAUCAAGGCAACGGGUGGCUACUUUGAAGAAUCUCAAAUAACAUUUUGAAUUGGUUUUCUACAUGAUUCCAUAUGUGAUAUCCAAACUAUAAAUGUAUAAAAUAGUAAAAAUAAAGAAAAAUCUUUGAAUGAG